AUGCCACCGACAUUCCACCUCCUAACCACCACUCUAAUCCUCCUCCUCCACCUCAUCUUCGCCGCUGAACUACCGGAAUUCCAAGAAGCCCAAGCAUUUCGAAAUGGAAAAGAAUGCAAUGACACAAGAAUCCACAUAGCAAUGACCCUAGACGCCACCUACCUCCGUGGCUCGAUCGCCGGUGUAUUCUCCGUCGUUCAACACGCCACCUGCCCGGAAAACAUCAUCUUCCAUUUUCUCACCACCCAUCGUCUCUCCUCCUCCCUUCGCCGCACAAUCACCACAACUUUCCCUUACCUCAACUUCCACCUCCAUCACUUCCACACAGAUCUAGUCAGAAACAAAAUCUCCACCUCCAUCCGCCGUGCACUCGACCAACCACUCAACUACGCCCGCAUCUACCUCUCUCACCUCCUCCCCACCACCGUCCACCGCGUCAUAUACUUUGAUUCCGAUCUCAUCGUCGUCGACGACGUCGUCAAGCUCUGGGAAAUCAACCUUAAUUCCCAUGUCCUCGGAGCACCCGAGUAUUGCCACGCGAACUUCACCCACUACUUUACACCCAAAUUCUGGUCAACCCCUUACUUCUCCGGCGUAUUCAACCACCGCGCUGCGGAGCCGUGCUACUUCAACACCGGCGUAAUGGUGAUCGAUUUGAUGAAAUGGAGAAGGUAUAAGAUAACAGAAAAGCUCGAAAAAUGGAUGGAGAUACAGAAAAAACAUCGGAUUUACGAACUGGGUUCGUUGCCACCAUUCUUGUUAGUGUUCGCCGGAGAUGUUGAGGGGGUGGAGCAUCGGUGGAACCAACAUGGGCUCGGCGGGGAUAACGUUGAAGGGUUGUGCCGGAAUCUGCAUCCGGGUCCGGUGAGCUUGCUUCACUGGAGCGGAAAGGGAAAGCCGUGGUUGAGAUUGAAUUCGAUGCGACCAUGUCCACUGGAUCAACUGUGGGCCCCUUACGACCUCUUCAAGCACGCACCGUUGAUUUCCGAUACUUGA